CCGCGCAGCCUCUGGGGGCGGGCGCCGGGCCGCUCACCAAUGCCAGCCCCGCGGGGGCGGAGCGGCGGCGCCCGGCUCGCGGCGGCUGGGCUUCGCUGCGUGCGUCGGCUCCCGGGUGGCUGCCAGGCUGGGCUGGGGGGGACCCGCGCCCGCUCAGAGCCGAGGGGAUGGAGCCCGUGAGCCUUGGUAGCUGCAUCCUUGAGCAGGACGCCGCCUGCCGCUCCCAGGCUUGGAGGACAUGCAACAGCACCUGCCUUGGGGAGAGCUGGAGUCUUGCAUGGUUGAUGUUAGCAGCACUCCCUGGGUGACCGUUUAGCCUGAGUCGAGCAAUGCUCCCUUCUCUCCACGCUGUAGAGAGUGCUGCCUUCGCCGGACUUGUUCACCCAAAUGUUUCAGAUGAUAUCUGGCUCGGCAUAAAUUGUCACGAUGGCUGACAAUAAAACAAAGUCCACUAAACCUGCAAACAAGACCCCUCCAAAGUCUCCUGCAGAUCCAGCAAAAGAGAGAGCAGCCAAAAGGCUAUCUUGUGAGUCCAACAGUUCCCACGAAGGGGCUAUGGCAGCAGAGCUUAGUGCUCUAGAAGAGGCUUUUAGAAAAUUUGCCAUCCACGGAGAUACCAGAGCCACAGGAAAAGAAAUGCAUGGGAAGAACUGGUCAAAAUUAUGUAAGGACUGUCAUGUGAUAGAUGGGAAGAAUGUGACAAUCACAGAUGUUGACAUUGUCUUCAGUAAAAUCAAGGGGAAAUCAUCUAGGACGAUUACUUUUGAUCAAUUUAAAGAAGCUCUUCAAGAACUCUCCAAGAAACGAUUUAAAGACCAGAGCAAUGAGGAAGCAGUUCAAGAAAUACAUAAACUAAUAGAAGGAAAAGCCCCGAUCAUAUCUGGAGUAACGAAAACCAUUUCAUCUCCAACUGUAUCACGACUUACAGACACGACAAAAUUCACUGGGUCCCACAAAGAGAGGUUUGAUCCAAGUGGGAAAGGAAGAGGCAAAGCAGGACGAGAAGACCUGGUUGACGCGUCGGGCUAUGUGCCUGGGUACAAGCACGCAGGCACAUAUGAUCAUAAAGUACAAGGAAACAAGUAAGCCUGGGGGGCUUAAAAAGAGAGAGAAUAUACCUGUAAGAAUGAUGUAGAUGAAUCCCACAUGUUUCAGUUAUUGUGAAUGUGAAGACUAUGUUGGCGAGAAGUGUUUUCAGGAACUGGAACUGAUUUCAACAUCUGCUGAGAUACUUGCAAGCAUAGCAACACUUCAUUACAUUCCUCAUGAUUACAUUGGCAAAAAUAUCAAAUACAAAGUUGUUGAGCUUUAGACAAGAAACCAAAUGCAAGGGCUGUUCUACCACACUUUGUCAAUACUGGUAAAAGAUCUCAAACAUUCCUAAAUGUCCAGUUCUUUCUUGGGUAUAGAAGAAAACCGCUCUCCAGAUAGUUGAAAAAAGGGUCAUUGUAAAUUUUCCUGUGAUAGCAGGCAGCCUUUCCAAAGAGCACCCCAAUAUUUAUAUAGUUUGAUUUGAAUACUUAUUUAUUUGAAAGAUGUCUUAAAGAGGAUCCAGCUCUGCCCUCAAAGACAAAAAUUCAGUAUUGUACUAGUGGGAAAUAAAUGGUUGUAAUAUAACAGGUUGCUAUCCUGAAAAGAAAUAGAUUUUCCUAGACCAUUGAUGAACAGCAAAAGACUUAUUCCUCUUUGCGGAGACUAUUUAGGUUCCAUGUAUUUGUCAGCAGAAAGAUGUGGAAGAUACUAGCCCUCGUCUCUUUACCCCCCAAAGCCCAGGACUUCUCAAAACCAAUACUGUACUUUCUGCAAGUUACCGCAUGUAUUGGUAGCAUGGUUCUAACUGAAACCACAGGACAUAAAAGGCGCUAAUGUACUAACAUGAUAUAUAGAGGAACUAGAUAUAUUGCUAAGGAAGUCAUGAUGGAAAUAUUAAUCUUGAUUGCAAUCUGGUUUUUGGUUUGCACAGGGAAAGUGAAGGGGGCAUUAAGAUGAUGAUUAUAUGUUUUAAACUUUAAGUGUGAACUAAACACCACUGAUCAGAGUUUCAUUGAGCUAGGCACGUAUUCUCAUGCACGUGUACACACAUACACAGGCACAUGCUCCUUUUUAAGUUGUGACUGAGUUAAGGAAGGUCUGUGACAGCUCUGCAAUACAGACUUUCAAGUAAGGACAACUAAAUUAUCACCAAAAAUAGCAAUUUGUUAGUCCUUUAUUUUACAAUGAGAUGCGUCUCACCCCCUCUAAAGAUAUAUUACUAAAGUUAGCUAAAUGAUUUGUUAAGUGUUCUAUGUUUGAAGCUAGGGGCUCUUUUCUCCUCUUAUUUGGACUGUCCAGUGUAAGUCAGGAAUAAUUCCUUGAAGGCAAUCAAUUUCCACUGGUUUAGAGCUGCUGUAAGAGGAGAAUCAGGACCACUGUCUUAAUGCUCUAACAAACUGGCCACUAAGUAUCCCAUAUAUGGCCACCAUGACAAGUGGUAUUAAUUGAUAAAUCACUGAAAAAUCUCACCCAUUUGAUAUUGCUUAAAAAGUAAGGAGAAAUAUCCAUACAG